AUGAAUAAAUCAAUCAGCUCGAAGGGCAGUUCUUCCACUGCUAAGGCGGUUAAGAAAAAAUUGUCCAGAGAUACAAUCGACACGGAAGGGGGAAUUACCCUUGAGAAGCAGGAAACCGUUGUCAGUAGUACAGAUGGCAACAUUCUGGAGAGGGACACAUCCCGUGAUGCUGGCUACGGCAAUUCAGUUAAGUUCCUUUUGGAAGAUGGGCAAACCUACGGGACCACCUCAAGCCUAGAUAACGCAACGGGAUCGAAGAAUUACGCGUACUCUUGCGACAACUCUUUUGCGAAUGUUUCAUCUGGGGAUAACUUUUCCUACGCUGCUGGUAGAAGCGCGAAUGGUCAGCACAGCCCCUUUCAUGCAAAGUUGUACAGCCAGAGUAAUUGCGGUGGUGGAAGGGGGAGCUAUGGUGGAGGCGGAAGCGGGAGCUAUGGCGGAAGUCGAAGCUAUGGUGGAAGCGGCAACUUUGGUGGCAGCGGCAACUAUGGCGGCAGCGGCAACAGUAGGAUCGCCUACAAUGCAGGGAACAGCACCGUAAAUUUGGAAAAUUACGACUACCUAGAUGUGGAUACGGCCCAGCACAACCAUCAGAAUGAGAACAAUUUCCCACCGCAGGAUAGCUACUCUGGGACGAACAGGCAGUUAUACUCUGCAUCUAGCACCUUAUCUCCUAUAGACUUAAGACAUGCUAACAGGAGUCAAAAUAUUUCAUACCCAGAUCAGUACACCUAUAGCAGCUAUUCGAGCAGAAGUCCUCAUCUGUGUGGAAGAUCAUCUUAUUUCCCCUUGGAGGGCAAGAGAGGAGCCCAUUCUUUGUGCAGUUCCCCAACAUAUUCAGGCUACGAAAAUGAGUAUUAUGCCUACCCCCAUGGAGCUCAUUUUAGAGAACUCCCCCCCCAUCUGUACUACUUGGCGAAGGAGCAAGAAGAAGAGAGCUGUUGUUUAAAAAGAGGAAUCAACUGUUCACCACAUAGCUGCAAAAACUUACAUAUGGAUAACCCAUAUGAGUACAUAAUUCAGGCGCCAAAAAUGCCAAUCACCAUUAAAGCGCCAAGUAGAAAAAGAUUCGAUGUGUUUAAAAAGCUAACCCUAACUGUGGGGACCUACUUGGACGACGUCGUAAAUGUAGUGAUAGGCAUGGUGGAGUCCUCCUACAAAUGCAUAGCGAGGAACAAUAAGACCAACCUGUAUGAUUUGCACCCAUUUUAUAACCCAGAUCCCUUUUACUCGAGAAAUGAAAGGCCAACCUUAAAAACGGGAAGCACUCUACUGGACAAAAUCAAUUCUGCGUUGGACGGUACGACGCUUGAAAAGCACACAACCCUGCCGAGGGACUUUGGGAGAGUUGCCAUUCCGAAGACGCAGAAGACUGGCAGCAAGUUCGUCGACGGGAUGAAUAGCAUGCUGGACAAUUUGCUGAACGAGCCUCUGUCUUACCAGAAGUAUGACUACUUCAGCGAUCGGUGUGAGAACGGCCAGGGGGGGCGCAGCACUGGAGGGGGAGCGGCGAAAGGGGGGUAG